CACUACUCUUGGCACUGGCGGCAUCUCAGAGCCACCUUGGGGCAGGUGGUGGAUGAAUCUGUGUGGAGUUCACCUGGGUGAAGUGCAUCAUGUGAGGCUGUGCACACCUGAGCUCCGUGCUGCUGCCAUGGAGGGCUGUGCCAAGGGAUGCUGAGCAGGGUGUCCCCAGCAUCGUGUCAGUCCUGGGCCAAGCGUGAGCUCUGUGAGCACGUGGCAGGAGGCAGACCCGCUGCUCUCUGCUGCAGCCUCUUCUGGAGGCACGAGACAUGGGGGCAGCAGUCCCAGGCAGCACCUGAGCCCCUACAAUGGCUCACUCUCCCUGCAGGACUGGGCAGGAAGUAGGAGAGCAAAGGCCAAGAAACUCCUGUGUUGAGAUAAAGACAGUUUGAUAGCUGCAGCACAGCUCUGCAUGCAAGCAAAGCAAAGCAAGAAGGCAUUUAUUCCCUGCUUCCUGGAGAGCAGGGCUCAGCGUGAGUAACUGUCACUUGGGAAGGCAAACACCAAACACAAUCCUCCCUUCCUCCCCCUUUCCCUGAGCUUUUAUUUUGGAGCACAACAUCAUCUGGAGUGGCACAGCCCUUUGGCCAGCUGUCCCAGGUCUGUCCCUCUGUUCCCAGCCCUGCUCUGGCCUGUGGCUGAGGGCCAGGGCGGGCGGAAUGGAGCCCGCAGUGCUCCGGCCCAGCUGCACAGCGGUGUCUUCCCAGUGCUGGGUUAGACACCAGCACUCAGCACCCCUCAUUGCUGGGCGGGAGGUGACUCUGUGCCCGUGACACCGGCGUGCCCCCGGGCAGGAGACGCCAGCACUCAGCACCCCUUGCUGCUGGCAGGGAGGUGACUCUGUGCCCGUGACACCGGCGUGCCCCUGGCAGGGACUCUCACAGGAUGGCCAGGGUCAUUCCCUGCUGCAGGAAGAUUCACAGGUUACCUACCUGAAUCAGGGUCGUUCCCAGCUUGGCUGGAGCUGGGAAGUGGUGCGUCUCUUGACUUCAGUCUGGUAUAAGCUGUGCCCGUGUUGCCACGAGUUCUGUUGUGAUGGCAGCCUGUCUGUCCCAGCCUGCCUCUACCCUGAGUGGGAAAGGACACGAGCAACUGGCUGAGGUGGUCGGUGCUGGCAGGGCAGCUCCCAUGGGAGCAGCACUUUGCACGUGAAACGGGAUGUCUGCUCGAGUUCCUCUGGAAAAGGAGACUCUGAAAUCACACAAUCGAGUUUCUGAGUCCCUCAGUGGUUCCUGACCAAGUUUGCUUGAUUUACCACUUUAAAAACAUUCUGUUCUAAUUACAGCUCGUCUGCUUUCUGACUCAGCUGUCACUGUUUGCAGUGAAGACUCUGCUGUUGACAUGGGUAAACAAUGCUGUUUGAGACGGGAGCCAGGGUGGGAUUCAGCUCCUUCUGGAACUGAGCUGGCUGUGUAGAGCCAGUGGGAAUGAAAAAUUAUAAAACUUAAGAGAAAGGGUUUGCUGUGACACAAAGACAAAAUGGACCAAGACAAAAUGGACCAAUGUUUUUUUUAAACAACUCUGUGAAUAUAGUCUAGCUUUGAAAAGCAUUUUGGGCUUUUCUGGGCUUUUCUGCAUGUCUCAUACGUACAUGAUGAAAGUGUUCUAGUCCAGGCUGCCCUGUGCCGUGGAGCCCACCAGCUGGGUUCAUGCUGAGGAGUCCCUGGAGGUGCAAGAGGUCCCAGCACGGCACUUUGGUUGGGAGUUGUGAGCAAUUUGCCCUGUUCCUCUAUCUCUCAGCUGCCUGCCUGUCCCACUGCUGCAUCCAGUGGUGACGCACGCCAGCCCUAAGCUCUGCACAGCAGCUGCUACCUCAGCAGUGGCUUAUUGCAUCAGCUUAAAGUGUUUUAGGAAAUAAACCUUUAAUCCCUGUGUGCCCAGGUACAAGUGUAAAGAGCUGCAUUUGCAGUUAGAAAGUGGCACUGCUCUGGCCUUGGAAACAAGUGUGAGAAAUUAAUUGAGAGGGAUUUAGGGUGAACAGAGUGUGUGUGAGGACCUGGUGUUUUCAUGUUAAGGUGAAGGAAGAGCUUUGGGACUGUCCAGAGACUGUGGCCUGCAUUGGGUGUCCAGCAGGGUCUGCCCUAGUCCAUGGUGCCAGCACUUCAGCUCCUUCCACCUUCCCCACUUAGAGGGCAGGUUUCCCAGCUUGGUCUCUGCUCUAAGGAGACUACAGUGCUUUGUUCCAUUAAACUUAUUUCUGAACUAACUUACAAGGAACAUUGGUGAAAACUAGGCUAGAAGUGGAGGAAGUUUUUUAAGGCCAAGAGGACAUGAACUUCUGCCUACCUUACAGCCAUGAGCUUCAGCAGCUCUGGUACAUCCUCCUGUACUGGAUGAGGCCCUCGUGUUCACCUGCUCCUGGCUGUGAGGAGCGCUCAGCUCAGCCCUCAAUGCAGCCAAAACAGCAAGGGGAGGUGGGUGCUCAGCUCCCUUCCAGCCGCCAUCACCUACAAAGGGGCAGAGCAGAGUCUCUCUUUGUGCUCACCUCUUCUAUGUAUUGUCCCACUGCCUCUGAAAAAUUAAGACGAUAACUCAGCUGUGUAACUCAGCUUCUGGUUGGCACAAGCAAUGUUUCAAGCACAACUGAGUGCACAGAGUGGUGAGUCAGAGAGACAUAGAGGGCACAGAAGGCUCCAACAAUAGCCUUGCCUGUGGAGUUUGAUAAUUACACAAGGUUUGAGGAGACUGAGGUUGUCUGUCAACCAGUAUAUGAAGCUGAGUGCUGGCUUCAGCUCUGAAUGUCCCAUCAGUGCCCUGGUCCAGCAGCCUUCUCAGCGCCAUUGCAGAAUGAUUCCAGUCCAGGACAGAUGGACCAGGUUAUUUAUUAGCUGUUACCAAUGGAGUUGGCAUGACCCAAUCAGAUACAAAGGCACAGAGAAGAUGUCACAAGUGGUAACCUGCAAGUAGGCCAGGUGUUUCAUGGGGCUCGUCAAACCUCCAGAGCCAGAUCCUGAGUAGAGGUGGCUGGAGCUUGUGGGAGAAGGUUUGGUCAUGCUGCCUUCUGCAGCCUCCCACAGGGACUGGCAGUAUGUGGGGAUGGCUCUCCAGUGGGGACUGGCUGGUCUCACAGAUCCGCAUUCCCCUUGUGAGAAUGGGACAGGGACACUCCCCUGUCACUGAGGGACCACACCAUGCUUGCCCAGCCAGGCCACCAUUUGCAGCCCCCAAACCCACAGUCCUGGAGUUUGAACCACACAUGUUCCUCCUGUUAGUGGGGAAGGGAAAGGAAGAGCGAAGCUGUGCAAAUGAAUGGUGCGGUGCAGAGCUACCACUUUAUAUAUGUGACCAUGAGCUGUGGUCUCCAACAGUGACAGCGUUGGCCAGAAACUGGUGUCACCUUAACACCUUCCCAGGAAAGCCAAUUAGCCUGGGAUGAUUAUGAUUAAUAAUUCUCUAAACCCUAAUCGUGCUGACACCAGUGCCAGGAGCUUACCCCAGGGGCGCUUUAUAAGAGGUGCCCUGUGGGGAAGAGUCUAACUGGUUCUCCUUGGGGUAACAGUGAAGGCUGAGAGGUGGCAGGAGCUCCAUUUCAGGGGAAAUUUUCCCCUUGCACAAAAGAACUCCCAGAUUAAGAGCAAAAAGCACCUCACAAACUGCAACCAUGAACGGGACAGAAGGCCAAGACUUCUACGUGCCCAUGUCCAACAAGACCGGGGUGGUGCGGAGCCCCUUUGAGUACCCCCAGUAUUACCUGGCUGAGCCUUGGAAGUUCUCAGCGCUGGCUGCCUACAUGUUCAUGCUGAUUCUGCUCGGCUUCCCCAUCAACUUCCUCACGCUGUACGUCACCAUCCAGCACAAGAAGCUCCGGACACCUCUAAACUACAUCCUUCUGAACCUGGCUGUCGCCGACCUCUUCAUGGUAUUCGGAGGUUUCACCACCACUAUGUACACCUCCAUGAAUGGGUACUUUGUCUUUGGAGUAACAGGGUGCUACAUUGAAGGCUUCUUUGCCACACUGGGCGGUGAAAUUGCUCUCUGGUCACUGGUGGUCCUGGCUAUCGAAAGAUACGUAGUGGUCUGCAAGCCCAUGAGCAACUUCCGCUUCGGGGAGAACCAUGCCAUCAUGGGUGUUGCCUUCUCCUGGAUCAUGGCCUUGGCGUGUGCAGCUCCCCCACUUUUUGGCUGGUCCAGGUACAUCCCCGAGGGCAUGCAAUGUUCGUGCGGGAUUGACUACUACACUCUGAAGCCAGAGGUCAACAACGAAUCUUUUGUCAUCUACAUGUUUGUGGUUCACUUCAUGAUCCCGCUGUCGAUCAUUUUCUUCUGCUAUGGGAACCUGGUUUGCACUGUCAAGGAGGCUGCCGCCCAGCAGCAGGAGUCUGCCACCACCCAGAAGGCAGAGAAAGAAGUGACUCGCAUGGUCAUCAUCAUGGUCAUCGCCUUCCUGAUCUGCUGGGUCCCCUAUGCCAGCGUUGCGUUCUACAUCUUCACCAACCAGGGCUCAGACUUUGGGCCCAUCUUCAUGACCAUCCCGGCGUUCUUUGCCAAGAGCUCAGCCAUCUACAACCCUGUCAUCUACAUCGUAAUGAACAAACAGCAGCCAAAGCUGCUGGCAUCGCCCCGCACAGGCAGGCCCAUCACCCUCCAACCCUGCAGAUGGUCAAGGAGGCACUGCAGGCUCUCGAUGAGAAGAAGGGUGCCUCUGCCAUUGCCAUCAGGCGUUUCAUCCUGGCCAAGUACCCCACUGUGGACUCCAUCCGCCUCAAGUACCUGCUGAAGCGGGCGCUGAGCAAGGGGCUGAGCUGCGGGGACCUGGUGCGGCACAACUCGUCUUCUGUGGGGGCCACUGGCACCUUCAAGGUGAGCAAGGGCUGCUGGA